GCCGUGUUGCAUUGACAGUACUAAGAAGUAGAACAAGAGCACGGAAAGCGUUACUUAGCAAUCUCCGUGCAUACAUAGAUAGUGACACAAAGGAAGUAGAAACCACUCCUGCGCGACCCACCCUUACCCCGUGAACCCCCCCGCACCGAAACAAACCCCUGUUCCCGAAAACCCUAACUCUAACCCUAGCUCCGACCGAAAUGGACGGCGACGACGAGACCUCUGGUCCGAUGAUCGACGAAUUCUAUGCCAACGGCGGGGCCGACGAUGGAGACAAGCGGAGCCGUCGCGCGAUCAUGAGCGGCGACCAGCUCGAUGUCGAGGCGUACGCGGCGCUGUACUCGGGACGUACGAAGAUCAUGCGGCUCAUCUUCAUCGCCGACAAGAUGAACAACGCUACGACGCAGCUCGAGGCGCUGCGCAUGGCCUACGACGAGAUUAAGAAGGGCGAGAACACGCAGCUGUUCAGGGAGGUCGUGCAGAAGAUCGAUGGAAGGUUGGGAGCGAGUUAUGGCAUGGACACAGCGUGGUGUGAAGCCGUGGAUCGGAGAGCGGAGCAGAAGAAGGAGAAACUGGAGAAUGAACUCAAUGCGUAUCGGACAAACUUGAUUAAAGAAAGCAUUAGAAUGGGAUACAAUGAUUUUGGAGACUUUUAUUAUGCUCAUGGUCAAUUGGGGGAAGCUUUUAAAAGUUAUGUCCGAACUCGGGAUUAUUGCACCACAUCAAAGCACAUUAUUCACAUGUGUAUGAGUGCAAUUCUUGUCAGCAUAGAGAUGGGUCAAUUUCCUCAUGUUACAAGCUAUGUUAGCAAGGCAGAACAGGCACUGGAUGUCCAUGACUCAAUAAUUGUUGCAAAGCUACGAUGUGCUGCUGGAUUGGCUAAUCUAGAGGCCAAAAAGUACAAACUUGCUGCCCGAAAGUUUCUAGAAACAGGACCUGAACUGGGAAGUCACUAUAAUGAUGUAAUCGCACCUCAAGAUGUUGCAACAUAUGGAGGACUUUGUGCACUUGCUACAUUUGAUAGGGCAGAGUUAAAGAGCAAAGUUAUAGACAAUUCCAACUUCCGCAAUUUCUUAGAGCUAGUACCCGAAGUAAGGGAACUGAUAAAUGAUUUUUACUCGAGCCACUAUGCUUCAUGUCUGGAAUACCUUGGGAACCUCAAAGCAAACCUAUUACUUGAUAUACAUUUGCAUGACCAUGUUGAGACACUUUAUGAUCAAAUUCGUCACAAAGCCCUUAUCCAGUACACACACCCAUUUGUGUCUGUUGAUUUGAACAUGAUGGCUAAUGCAUUCAAGACAACUGUUGCUGGACUUGAGAAAGAGCUAGAAGCAUUGAUUACUGAUAAUCAGAUACAGGCUCGAAUUGAUUCACACAACAAAAUUUUGUAUGCACGGCAUGCGGAUCAAAGGAAUGCCACCUUCCAAAGGGUUCUAGAAACUGGAAGAGAAUUUGAUCGUGAUGUUCGUUCCAUGUUACUGAGAUCAAAUCUUAUCAAGCAUGAUUACAAUCUUAGAGCAUUAAGGAAACUUUAAUUAUGAACCACCGAUAAUGGAAUGAAGUUGUGGUUUUAUACAUAUCACCGGGCACAGGCAUUGGUCAACUGUGAUGGAGCAAGUUUCUAGAGUGAAGGUAAGAUUGCCUUACCUCAUGCUGGAUUCAAUCAACGUUGCAAAACGUACGUUUGUGCAAACAUUUAACGGAACGGCAUAUUAUGCUUUCUUUUUGUA